AGAGAGGCAGAGAAACACUUUUGGUAUGGAUAUCCUAUUUAUCCAUAGGUCACACCCAUUAGCUGGAAAAAUUAAUUCAAUAUGCCAGCAGAUAAGCAGUCAGCCUGAGUUGCAGAAGGGUGAAAUCGAGCUGGAAAUUGAUCCAAAAUUAAGUGAUGGCAUGAAUGGGUCCGUCCGCAUCUCUGAUAAAAUUUUAUGGCCUGUGGAAAUUAUUUCACCAAUCAAGAAUAUGAAGACAAUUUCAAAAAAUGAAGUGAUAUCAGUUUGCUACAAAUACCCUGUUUCUCAUUCUCACAUUCCAAGACCACCAGAAGGCGUAGUCGUCCCUGAGACGUCUAUCACAAAGGAGGACCAUUCACAUCUGAAUGUCUUAUACUCUGAAAAGAAUCCUUGCAUCUCUCAACUACCUCGACCUGAUAGCGCACCUUUCCCCUCCCCAUAUCACAUAGCAGAAGUGAAUCAAAGUCAAGCUAAUGGUAACCAUUCAGCAGUAGUUGGAUUGGGAGAAAGGAAAACAGAAAAAAAAUCCAGGAAAAGGAAACGGCAUCGUAGGAUGGGGAAGAACCUCGGUUCUAACAGUGAACUGGAUAACAAUUUUGAAAUGUUGAAGAGUUCUUUUCCUGGUGAACAGAAUAAUGGGAAUGCAUACAAUGCAGAUUUAGAUGGAUUGAAGGAUGUGACAACUGAAGUGGUAUUUGGGGAAAAGGACCUUCGCUCUGAGAUCAUGAAGUUGUGUGAAGGUAAUAAAAUCCAGAGUGUUAAUGUUGAGACAUCUGUAAACCCGAGUGAAAAUGAUGUAAAGCAUCAGAAUAUCCUCAUCAUUAGUGAACAAAGUAAAGCUGAUGAUCUUUUUGGAGGUUCAAAUGGAGCUUUGGAAGUAAAGACUGAAGUUAAAUCCCACAAGAAAGAGGAGAUCUAAGAAAAGGAAAUCUGGUGGAAGUGAUGGGAUUUCAAGUAGCAAUAUUGGAAAACUUGAGGGACUCAACAACAAUGUUGAAAAGUUGGAGAGUUGUCUUUCUAGAGAAAGGAAUGACAGAGCAUGUUCUGAUGGAUUCCGGGACAUAACGGCAGAAGUGUUAUAUGGGGAAAAGAACUAUCAAUCUAAUAUCGUGUCGGUGAAUGAAAAUAACAAAAUCCAAGAUACUGAUGUUGAGAAAUUGGUGAAACAGAAUGGUGUAAAGCAUCAGAGUGUCCUUGUUGUUGGCUAUCAAAGUAAGGCUGAUGGUUCCUUUGGAGGUUCAGAUGGAACCGUGGAAAUAAAGACCGAAGUUGAAUCUGGAAAAAAGAAAAGGAGACCUAGGAAAAAGAAAACUAGGAAAGGUGAUGCUGCUUCAAAUAGUAGCAUCGGGAGACUGGAAGACCAUAAUGAAAAUUGUUUUAAGCAUCCGAGUAUCCCUGACAUCAGUGUUACUGCUGAUUUGUUUACCUGUAUUGUAAGUGAAAAAUAUCAAGCUGAUGGUUUUGCUGGAGGUUCUGAUGGUGCUGUCGGAGUAACGACUGAAACUGAAACUGGAAAACAGAGUGAAAAUGGUGUGAAGCAGGAUGUAACCACAGGAGUGGUAUCUUGGGAAGAGAACCUUCAACCUAAGGAGAUAAAACUUAAGGAAGAUAAUGAAAUCCAAGGCAUAAGAGUUCAGAAAUUGGUGAAACACACUGGAAAUGGUCUAAAGUGUCAGAAUGUCCUUGUCAGUGAACAAACCACAGCUAAUGGUUUCUGUGGAAGAUCAGAUGGAGGUCUGGAAAUAAAGAGCGAAGUUGAAUCUGGAAAAGCAAGGAGAUAUAUGGAAAAAAAAUCUCGCGAUAUUGAUGCUUUUUCAAAUAGUAGCUCUGAAGCAUUGGAGAAACAGAAUAAAAAUGAAGUAGAACAGCAGGGAGUUCCUGAUAGAUGUGCUAGUGUUGAUGAGUUGAUGACUUGUAUUAUCAUCAGUGAACAAAGUAAAGUUGUUGAUUCCUGUGGAGAUGCUGAUGGAGCUCUUGAAAUAGAAAGAGAUAGAAAGAGAUCCAAGGAAGACAAAUCAGUUGAAGGUGAUGGUGAUGGUAUCUCAAAUAGCAGCAAUGGAAAAUCAGAAGAACAAAGUGAAAGUAUAAAGCAUCAGAGUGCCCCGGGUGUCACUGUUGGUAAAUUGAUGACUUAUGUUAUCCAUGAACGAAGUAAAGCUGAUGUUAUCUGUGUUGGUCCUGAUGGAGCCAUGGGAAUGAAGACAGAAGUAAAAUCAAGAAAAAAGAGAAGCAGAUCUAAGAAAAAGAAAUCUUGUGAGACAGAGGGUGAUGGUAUCUCAAAUAGCAGCCUUGAUAAUUUGGUGAAACAAAA